GGAAUGGCUUUGCGAUCCUGAGGAAGAUGAAGUCAGUGGUGAUAAUCUGAUAAUGAACGCAAUAGACGGAAGUCUCGAUGAGGAAGAAGACAGAUUGCCUGACGAUCAAAACGAUAACUUGAGUGAAAAAGAAAGUGAAAUGUGUAAUGGUGAUGAAGAAGAGCAUGAUAUUGUGGAACACUAUACUAACAGACUUUCUGGUGAUCAUGUGAGCGAUGCAGACCUUGCUGAAGAUGCUGAAUAUGUCGAUAAAGAUGACUGGGACUGGUUGAUGACCAUGGAUGAACCGAGAGAGAGCGGAUUUAUAAACAGUCAACCAUGCAUUGCAGAAUUUAUGACUUCGCUCCCGCUUAUCAAUGAAACUUUACAGCCUCCAUCAAUCACCUCUGAUGGCACCACAAGAUCAUACUGUCAGUCGUUCACGCCAAAUCACCCCUCUCUUGCACAACAUGCUGACCCCCGGGGGUCGGGGAUGGGUGACCCCAGGGGCCGGGAUUCUAGCAACGCAGGAAAAUAUCCGGAAUUCGCAUGGAUGAAAGAAAAGAAGAACAUGAGGAAGAAUUCCAAUUCAGCGGUGCCGGUUUCCACGGGACCCGAUAUAGAUUUUCCAAGCCCGACAGCGACUGGUACAAGCACCCAAUCACAAACACAAGAACCGCGGAGUAAUUCAAGUUCCCAUAGCAACGGGGGUGGAGGAACACGGAGACUACGCACUGCGUAUACCAAUACUCAACUUCUGGAGUUGGAAAAAGAGUUCCAUUUCAACAAAUAUCUAUGUCGACCGAGGAGAAUCGAAAUCGCUGCCUCCUUAGAUCUCACAGAACGACAGGUGAAAGUAUGGUUUCAAAAUCGGAGAAUGAAAUACAAACGACAAACACAGUCUCAACGGCAGAAAGCAGAGUCAGAUUUCAAGUCGAUGACGUUUGAUGGAAAUCUAGACAGUCCGACGUCAUCAGAUGAAAGCUGUGAUCGAAUGGAGAGACAGGAAAGUUAUGAAAGUUGUAGCGACAAUCGGGAGGAUACUUGUAACUCUGCCGACAAGUCUUCACAGGAUGGAAUGAAUACCGGCAUGGAAUGUGAUAAUGAGCAACACAGACGACCUCUCAGCGCGGACAGGCUUAUGGUGAAACCAGAAGGAUCCGAUGUUGUGGAACUCACGAUGUUAUCGGGACGGGAUAGAUUCUCCGAUGCACGACGGUCAAAUGUGUCAGAUCUGUCUGAUUAUCAACAACGCUCCCCCAUAGGAAGUGUUCAAAGUAUCAAUAGCCCUCUGUCGGCUACUUCAAACAUGUUGCCUACGCCACCAAUUGCGUCAUCACCUCUGGGUUCUGCUGACGUCAGAUCUGUGGAUUUAGUGGAUAAAAUUAUCAGUGAAAGCGAGGCGGUGUCUAAGUCUAGUCUCAAUUGUCCGUCAACCGGAAUAAUGUCGAAAAGUAUGUGUGGAAAGAUGACCGAAGUCGAGAGUUCGUGUAUGGACACACUGAACUCAAACAAAGGUUCACACCCAACCAUGCGAUCUCCUGAGUGUAUCUCGCCCGUGACUAAGGACCCGGGGCACGCCAUGCACACUAAUAAUACGUCUGUCAUGGAUGGAAACUAUGUCUUUCAAAGCUACAAUGGUCAUGAUUCAAACCCUUCGUCUUAUCAGCCAUCAUACCCAAAUAACUUGAAUUACCUACAGAAACAGCCAACUGCCUACAAUCAGCAUAGUUCCACCGAGAACUUCUACGAUAGUCCGGAAGAUUCUGGUCACAGAGCGGGAAGAUUUGGCGGAAAUGGAUUUAACUCGUGGACUUACGACGGUGCAAAUCCGCUCAAUUCUCCCAAUACCAAUUAUCACAAUAAUAGAAUUGGCUUUGGUAUGAAUGGAAAUCAUUUGUAUUCGCCUAACUUUUCUAGAGUCAAUAAUUUCAAUCCUCGGGAGAGCGAAAUGCCUGGUCUUCCAAACCGCCAUUUUAAUUCUAGGUAUAUGACCAAAUCUUCGGUUUAUCCCCAACAGAUGCCCGGAAUAGACCAACACUCAUCAACUUCGCUUUAUGGAAUCAAUUACAGGGAAAGCCUUUCGGAAGGUGUCAAUCAAGUCGUAAAUUCUUCAAUAUGUCAGUCGCCCUCUCGUCCACUACAUCGCUCUAGCGAUUCUAUAGGUCGGGCCCCGGCCGGACACGGCGUUGAGCCCCAUUAUGGUUCUGAUCAAUACCCACUCGCCAACAGUUACAAUGAGGCCAGCUCGUCCAGCGAUUUUACGAGUAUUUUUAGUGAGUAUUUUAAUUCACAACAACCGGAGUACCAGGCGAUAUAGCCAAUUAAAACCUUGUACGAGUCUCACUACAACAGUUGUCGAUGCGGUAUGGUUUCAGAUGCCGGGAUUUUUAUUGUUGUAAGACGUUGUUGUUAUCUUGUUUUACAUCUCUCUUUUCAUUCCUUUCUUUUUUAUGGUGAGUUGGGAGAACGGGUAAUAAUAAGCUAACUUUUCUGGUCUGAAGUGGCCAUGAUUGUUAAUGUUAAUUACUGCCGACAACUCCUCGUAGCUUAUUUAUGAUUUGCAUUCGACAGAAGUGUUCAGAUUUUGUUCAGUUUAAAACUACACAUGUCAUAAAAACAAUAACUUGUUUCAAAUGAAGUGUUAUCGAUAUGUUUCAUCAUAAUAACUCAUGCAUUUCUAGAUCUGCUGUUCAAAAGGAGGGUAUGAUUUUUUCAAAAUAAAAUGCUCUUUUAUAAUUUCCCCCCGCUACGUAUACAAAUCGAGACCACAGUAAUAGAAAAUGCGAGGGGUAUUUGUACAAUAAAGUCUUUAAAUCGCUGAAUUGAGACGAAAUGUUUUUUAUCUUGAUCUGCGCGUAAAAUAAAGGGUACCAGCUCCCCCGGCUCACUGUCCGCGACCCGUGCGAUUCACAGUCCGUGAUUAGAUCUCGCGUUUCCUAAUCCUAGGUUAGCUAUUGGGAAAUCGUGCUUCUUAAGCCACACAAGUAUUAUUUAUAUCUAUGAAUUGUACAGCUGAGAAUUAUUGCUUAUUAAAUUUCAUCACAUGACACGCAAAUUUGCAUAAUUAAUAUCAUUUAACGCCAAAGAUAUUCCUUGAACCUCCGUUUUUGUUGGAUGUUUUUUUUCUCCGUCGAGUUAAUGGCUUUAAAUACCCUUUUCCUAUCAGUUUUGCCUUUCUGUUUUGUUCCCAGCUAUUCCCAGACAGGCCCUCAAUAUCUGUAUGCCAAUCAAUUCUAGGCGAAUUUUUAGGUGCUAGAUAAAGCAUUCAUAUUAUAAGCUUCGUUGCGAUUGGUUGUUCAACUGGAGUGUAACGCACUUUAUUUCAGAGUACCAGGGGUUCCUCACGGGGAAAAAAUUCAAGUAUUUUUGUAUUCGUUACAUUGUUUUCCGUGUCAAUUUUUACAUUUUUUGUUGUUUGUUCAUAAGUAUUAUACCGGUUUGAUAUUAUGUAGAACUUUUUGUUAAUGUUUGCAUUUCUGUUAUUUUUAUUCUUGCUCAAUGAGUAUGUCUAUGGCUACAUUUUCUUUCAAUAUUUCACUUAUGUCUCGGAGAACACAAAAAUGAUUUUUACUUACUUAUGAAAUAAUAAAAAUAUCAAAAACUCAA